CCGAUUCAGAAGAUAUGAAUUACCAACGCAAUCGACAAAAACAGAAAUUCCAAAAAUGAUGAGACUAUCACAUCUAAUCAAUGCGGACGAAAGCGAUUACAAUUCAACAACCAGUGACGAAGAUGAUGAUUCACACCAAGGCUCUCCAAUACCUGAUGAUGCAAAUAUAUUUUUAUCCGAAGUCUUGGACUCUUUGGUUCGUGGAAUUCAACUCAAAUCCAAUCCGGAUUUCUUGAUUCUUGAAAUCAACUCAUCUCGCUAUGCCUACAUUAUGUCUCUAAAGGAAGUAAAUUUCAAUAUCGUCAAAGCGGUAUUCAGUUUAGAUCCAAUUAAAGAGGCAACAACAACAAAUGUCUUAAGUGCCAACAAUCAGGUAUUGGGUCGCUUGGGUAUGGUUGUUUCAAAUAAUAUAAAAAGCGAUGAUUCUAUGUUGGAUUGUUUGAAGGCAAUUCAGGAAUACUGUGAAGAACAACCAGCUCUGAGAGCCAAGGUUGCCCAGAUUAUUCAUUAUCUCUAUGAUAAGGAAUUUGUGUCUGAAGAAGCUAUCCGCAUGUGGCACAAUGAGUUGGAUGAUGAUUCAGAGUGGUUGAAAGCACCAUUGCAGAAACUCAUAGAAUGGCUAGGUCAAUCCAGCGAAGGCAGCAGUGAAGAAGAAAACGACGAUUAA